AUGGCAAGCUCAGACGACACAACGACUCCUGCUAGACCGGUUGCACGGCCCGCAACUUCCGCCGUCUCGUUUCGUCCGCUCGCUCGAACUCAGUCCGCCUCGUCGACUCUCGCCUGGAACAACGCGCACCCACCCGCGUCUGGCGCCCAUGACUUGCCCGAAUCUGCUGCGAUGGCGGGGCUGGAGCGAACGACGUCGCAGACGAGCGUCAGGAGCGUGCGGAGCCGGUCGACUUAUACCGGCGGGGCGGCGGGGAUGCUUGGGAGGGGAAGAAGCCGGUCGAUGCGGGCGCCUGUUGUUGUUGGCGGGAAGGAGGGGCGCAUCGAAGAGGACAGCGAGGCGCAGGUCGUCGACGAGGAAGUGGCUGUUGGAGAGCACGACGAAGCGGUCGAGGAGACGGAGGAACAUGCGAACAGGAUGUACGCCCGCUUCUCGCCACGACGGAAGCGUGCGAUAGUCGGCAUUGUAGCAUACGCGGCACUGCUUGCCCCCUUUUCCUCCUCUUCCUUUCUUCCAUCCAUUCCUCAAAUCACCGAAGACUUGCAUACGUCCACCACCGUCAUCAACGUCACUGUCGCCAUAUUCAUCCUCUGCAUCGGCAUCUUCCCGCUCGUCUGGGCGCCUUACAGCGGAAUCUACGGCCGCAAACCUAUCUAUGUCAUUUCGCUUCCCAUCUUCGCCCUCGGCUGCCUCGGUACAGCCUUGUCGAAGUCUCUGUCCGCCCUCAUCGUGACCCGAAUCAUCCAGGCUCUUGGCUCUUCACCCGUCCUCUCCGUUGGGGCGGGCACAAUUGGCGACUUGUAUCCCAAACACGAACGCGGGACCGCAAUGGGCCUUUUCUACCUUGGCAUCCUUGUCGGCCCAGCAACCGCGCCCGCCAUCGCCGGUAUCCUAACCGAGUACGUCAAGCCCUACGGGUUCGGCUGGCGAGCCAUGCAGUACUUCUUGAUGUCGCUCGGCUUUUCAGCCUUUGCACUCGUCCUGCUUUGCUUCCCCGAGACGGCGCAUGCGAAGGGGAUUGAUGUCGUUAGGCAGGAACGGUUACAAGAGAGAGCGGAGAAGGAGGGUGUGGAGUUCGAGGUGUUGGAGAAGGAGGAGGAGCGGCGACGGGCGGAGAUGGGUUGGGUGAGGAGGCAGUGGGACGGGGUCGCGUGGGUCUGGCUCAACCCGCUGGCGCCGCUGAGGUUGUUGCUGCACCCGAAUAUUGCGGCAAUGAGUCUUAAUUCGAGCUUUACUUUAAUGUCGACCUACACCAUCCUCGUCCCUCUCUCCCAGACCCUCGCUCCCCGCUACAACAUCACCAAUGCCGCCAUCCUCGGCUGCUUCUACCUCGCGCAAGGCGUCGGCAACGCCACCGCCUCGCGCUACACCGGCCGCUACGCAGACUGGACGCUUAAGCGCUGGCUGAAGCGACGAGGGGGCGUGUACGUGCCGGAGGAUAGGCUGUACGCGGCGUUGAUCGGUGGCGGAGUCAUUCUGCCUUUCUCGGUGUUGGCGCUUGGGUGGGUGCUGGAUAAGGGGACGGGGAAGGUUGGCCUCGCGUUUGCCUGCGUCUUGACGCCGAGCAAUACAUACUGCGUCGAUGUGAUGCCGCUCCGCUCGAGCGAGGUCAUCGCCGUCAACAACGCCUGUCGGUAUAUCGUCGCUGCCGCCGCUUCCGCCUUUAACGCCAUCGGCGUUGGUUGGACCAACACUUUCGCCGCCUUCGUCGUCUGGCUCGGCUGCGGCAUGGUCCUCCUCACGAUCCGCUUCGGGCCUCAGAUGCGCGCGAUAGGGACGAGGUUGGAGGGAACCGUCUCGGCUGGAACGGAUCUCGAGGGAUCGCAGGAGAAGGAGGGGGUGGGAGCGCUGGGGAGCGCGGAGAGCGGGGCUUCGACGGUUGUGCAGCAGGAAGCGACGGCGAGGGAGGACGAGCAGCCGAGGGAGAAGCCGCCAGAGGCGAGCGGCAGAGCAUAG